GGAAUAUGGUUGUGUUCCAACGUUACAGUGACACCUAUUAUCGGCAUACACGUUGUUAUGUCACGACCGCCCCGGGGAUACACGAUGAGGGGACCAUUGUAUAACCAUCCGUCGUCACAUAUUGCCUCCUCAUAAAGAUGCUGCUGAGAAAAAGGUUUUGCUUCCCGGUGGGAGUUAGCGUCUGUGUUAUAGCAAUCGUGAAACUGCUUGCCGACAUUCUGCAGCCCCAUGUGAUGACGGGGCGAUCAAAGCACGCACCUGCAGCUGAGCUACCUGUAGACUGCCUCGAGAGUAACAUCUGCCGCAUGGCCAUCCAAGACGGGGUCGUCAUCUAUAGCUACACGCGGCAUUAUGACUUCUAUCACCAGCUCAACCAGCGCGUCAACUACAACGUCAACAUCACCAACGACCACGACGUCGUUCCCAGGAUAGUUCAUCUAGUGUGGGUUAAUGAAAAAGGCGUAGAAUUUCAAUUUUUCCAGUUGCUAACAAUGAUGGCUAUUCAACGUCAUGUCCAGCCAUUGCGGAUAUACUUCUGGCAUAACAACCUCCCUCAGGGUCACUACUGGCGCCAGGCUAUUGCAACAAUUAACAACUUGUAUUUUGUGUACAGGAAGCGGGUCACUCAGAUAUACGGACGUAAGAUCUUGCGAGGAAUUCACGUUUCAGACAUCAUUCGUAUGGAAGCUUUGAUGGAGUAUGGAGGUAUGUAUUUUGACUUUGACUCAGUCGUGGUGAAUCCAGUCGACCCUUUGUUGAAGUAUGACGUUGUCAUGGGGCACGAGGAGUGGUACAUUCUAGCUAAUGGCAUGAUGUUCUGCAAGCCGUGGUCGGAUUUCUUCCGUGUUUGGUACCCUCGCUACGCCACCUUCAACAACGACUUCCAGACUCACUCCAACAUUAUUCCGAACAUCAUCUCGCUCCGUAGGCCGAACCUCAUCCACAUUGAGGAGGUGUCUUUGUGUAAACCCAACUACAAGACACGUCAAUAUCUGUUCGAAGAAGGUAUGUUGUGGGACUGGAGGAGGGACAACUACGUCAUACACCUCUACAUCCUCGCAUACACCCACGCAGGCUACGAAGCCAUGACCCCAGAGAACAUCAAGUAUAUGAACACUACUAUAGGGGAGGUAACUCGCUACAUCUACUACGGGGACAGUAAACUGUGGGGGGUGAGGCCUCUCCCCAUGAGGAAAACGUCCUCACCCUAAAAUACGGUCUCUUCUUCUUCCCUUAAUGCCAAAGUUGUAUAAAUUGUCCCUUAUGUUCCAGCGUAUUGCUCACAUAUUUAUGAACACCCGGUGUCACUACUUUUUUAUAGUAAUUCAUACACACAUACUCGUGAAAUAUUUUGAAUACUAUGGAUUCUGAUUUCUGGAAAGAUUUCUCCUGAUUAUUGUGAGGGGGUCGUCGGGGUGUUUUUAACGAUUUACAGACAAUAAGUUUAUUUAUUUCAAUAUUUUUUAGGUUAUAACAAAUUACAAUAACGAACAUGACCACUGAGAUUUAGUACAUCGGAUCGCCAUGGGAGUGUAGUGUAUAAAUCAUGUUUAUGAUGACAAAAUAUAACAUCUACCAACAACGAACGUUACCCUGGAAACUAUUGCAUCAUGUUGUGCCAUCUGAGAAUAUAGUUUUAUUUUAGAGAAUAUAGUUUUCGCUGGUAAUUGACCGGUAUACUUAAUAGCAAUGGCUGACGUUUCCCGUUCAGUCCCUGUGUAUCCGUGGGGUUAUUCCGCCAACAUACCGCUUCAAUAAACGUGAAUUC